GUCCGGGGUGGGGGGCAGUCAGUUUAGAUAGGGCACAGCUAAACCAAGCAGUACACGACCCGUGACUUUACUGGAACUAUAUCUCAAAAGAAUAAUGGAUGCUGCAGAUGAUGUGGACGAGGACGAGCAGCUUCUUAACUAUGCAAUCCAACUGAGCCUUGAGGAGUCCUACAGUAAUGAUUUCCCAGCAAGUGUGGAAAAUCAAAAGAUUUUGGAUGCGAUCAAAAGAGGUGACCUGUUUACACUCCAGGAGAUGUCUGACUACCCAGCUGCAUUUACGGAAGUGGACGCUAAAGGCUGGUACCCUCUCCACAGAGCAGCAGUACAACAGUCAGUCCAAGUGCUUGAGAUGGUGCUCUAUGCUUCUUACAGGCUGAGUCUUGAUGAGGAAACAGAAGAUGGGGAGACUCCUCUGACUCUGGCUAUUCAAGCUGGACUGGUGGAGAUUGUUCGGACUUUGCUGGCACACGGAGCUUCUCCUCACAGAACCAAUCGGAAGAAUGAAUCUCCUCUGCUGCUGGCUGUAAGACACGCGUAUGAUAUUGUAUUAGCACUUUUAACACGAGGCGCACGGGUGAACCAAGUCUGCCUGAAGAAGUGGACAGCCAUGCACGAGGCUGCUAAAGUGGGCAGCAUUGACAUCCUCAAGCUUUUACUGGAGCACGGAGGCCAAGUCUCAGAGACAGACCAGAGUGGGGUGACCCCGAUGGGCAUCGCUGCAGAGUAUGCCCAGGCAGAAGUGCUAGAUAUCCUCAUUCACAAUGGUGCUGAUGUGAAUGUUCAGGCACCGAAUGGUGACAGUGUUCUGUAUGAUGCUGCUGGCUCUGGUAAUCCCGACUGUGUCGACCUUCUCAUUCAAAAUGGGGCCAAUCCAAAUAUCCCUAAUCUCUCCUCACAGCUUCCUAUCCAUCGAGCAGCUUAUGAAGGGCACUAUCUGGUCUUGAAAAUGUUGAUUCCUAUUACCACAAGAAGGGCCCUCAGACUUUCUGGCCAGAGCCCAGUGCACUCAGCAGCAGAUGGUGGCCAUGUCCAGUGCCUUGAACUUCUCCUGGAGAAAGGCUUUGAUGUCAAUGCUCUUCUAGACCAGCACAUAUCUGAAAAUUAUGGGGACAUGAGGAGAAGCCCCUUGUUCUUCGCUGUCUCCAAUGGAGACAUCACUUGUGCUGAGCUGUUGCUGAAUGCUGGUGCUAAACCUGACCUGGAUCCCCUGAGCUGCCUCCUAGUGGCAGUGAGAGCUGGGAGAUAUGAGAUAGUCAAGCUGCUCUUGGCCAGCCAGGCUGAUGUGAACUGCUACUUCACAGCAGUCAGUGACACAGCGUUCCCAGCGCUACAGUACUGCCUCAGGGACGAGAUGAUGAUGCGAAUGCUGCUGAACUGCGGCUAUGAUGCAGAAAAAUGCUUCAGCUGUCUUCAUGACUCAUGGAGCAACAAUAGUCAUCACUCAGACAAUACAACUGAAAAGAUCCCUUUUUGUGACUUCAUCAGUGUCUCGUGGCUGGUGCAGUAUGCAGGAAGAGCUGUGCAGGUUCUUCUGGACUAUGUCUGCUACGUCCCCAUCUGCUCAAAGCUGAAAAUGGUUCUGGAGAAGCACAAAGAAUGGCCAGAAAUCUGUGACAUCUUAGGAAAUCCUCGUGCGCUGAAGCACAUGUGCAGACUGGAGAUCAGGAGAAGAAUGACUCCAAAGCGACUGGGUGACCCAGCCAACUUCAGCUCUGCUCCUUUCCCACCUGGACUUCAGGGCUUCCUGAUGUAUAAGGAGUACGACCUGUACGGCAGAGUCUAGAUGACUGAUCAUUUUCUCUCUAGUAUCUCUAAAGAUACUAAAUGAGCAGCUGAUAUGUAAACUGUACUGCAGAUGCACUGAAUUAGAUCAUCAGCAGAGUAGAUACAACACUAAACUGUCUUUGUAUGUAUAUUGUUGUCACUUUGUUGGUUCAAAGAGCAUAAGUAGAACUCUUAUUUCACAAAUAGUCUUAAAGGUGAACAUGUGUAAAGGAUUAUAUGUUCUUGGUGCUAAAUCUGAAGAGUGACCAGAAUGUGCACUGUUUCAUAGAUGUUUGGAAAUUGUUAGACUUUUUGUUGCCCGACUUAGACUGUAAAUAAUCGACUCCAUGUUUUUGUCAAUAAAGAGCUG